AACUAUACCUGCAGUUAUGUCAUUCUCAACCAAUCCCCCAGACUCCUCCUUUUACACCCUCUCCUACCCAGAACCCGGAGUUCUGCUAGCAACUAUAAACCGUCCUAGGCAUAUGAACUCGAUCCCGUUUCAGGGCCAUUGGGACUUUGAGAAGCUUUGGAAUUGGUUUGAAAAUGAAGGAUCUAUGCAGGUUGCUAUUAUCACAGGCGCGGGAGAUAAGGCAUUCUGCGCCGGGCAGGACUUGAUAGAGGUUGAGAAAAAUGCCCUGAACCCUCCUUCUGAGCUUUAUUUGACAGGCCACCCUAAAUCAGGGUUUGCUGGUCUAAGCCAGAGGAGAGGGAAGAAACCUGUCAUUGCCGCUGUUAAUGGGUUUGCAUACGGCGGCGGCUUUGAGAUUUGUCUGAAUUGCGACAUGGUUAUUGCUUCUCCAAAGGCCCGAUUCUCUCUACCUGAAGCUAAACGUGGCGUCUAUGCCGCUGCCGGUGGGCUAGCGCGUCUCAUGCGAAUUGUUGGGCUGCAAAUUGCAUCUGAAAUUGCGAUGACAGGCCGAGUUAUCUCUCCCGAAGAAGGGAAAGCGUGGCAGUUUGUGAACCGAAUCUCAAAAACUCACGAGUCUCUGAUUGAGGAAACAUUAGAACUAGCUAGAGAGAUCUCUCAGCUAAGUCCUGACGCGCUUAUCGUCACAAAGGCUGGUCUUCGAGAGGCCUGGGAAACAGGAAAUGUGGAAGUUGCUGUUGGCAAUACUAGAGCUCAAUACGAUAGAAAGCUCCAUGCUGGCGAGAACUUAGCUGAAGGUCUUGCUGCCUUCAGGGAGAAGCGGAAGCCCAAAUGGGUUAAAUCACAGCUAUGA